AUGGCUGACGUUACGAGGCUGUGGGCUGCUGAUCAACAGCGACAGACGGGUGUUGAGAUGCUCCGAAAUAAGGGUCUUAUCUGUCGCGACCAUUUCUUGAACGGUAGUUGUCCAUUGGCAUCGAGCUGUUCUUACAUGCACAUCAGAAAGGGCGAAACAAGGCGGGUGCCACUCACUGUGUGUCACUUUUACACAAAGCGUGCCUGUCUGCGUGAUGGAUGUAUGUUUUUCCAUGGAACGCAAGAAGAACUCGAUCAACUUAGGGCAAGCGGUGCGACCACGUACAGACCCCAGGACUACAUGGCGCUUGCGGCACCUCCACCGGCGUGCCUUCAUCCGGAAGGGAAUAUGCCGCCGCAGAUCUUGCAUAUGCCGCCGGUGGCCUCACAUGUCGAUGCGUCAGUAGAUGGCAACAAACUGGGGAAGAAGUACCAAACUUACGCACCUGUUUUACUACUGCCAACACCUACAGCAGCACUCACGCAAUAUGGAGCCUUUGUGCUGCCGCUUUCAUAUGGCUACGGAACGCCAGUGGGGCCACUGACGUUCGGGGUGCAAAGAGUUCCGGAACUGCCGGCGUAUGCCCCAGGCGCCGUACCCGGCUUCCACUAA